GCGCGUGGAGGCUUUGCUUCUUUCGACGUCAAGAAAACACAACAUCAAUGAGAAUAAGAAUUAAAUAUAACUAGGACACAGACAUUUACUCACUCGUAUUUCAUAGUUUUAUAAUCAACUUUACGUCAAACACUUACAAGAGGUUGUGUGUGUGUGUGUGUGUGUAUGUGUGUGUAUGUGUGUGUGCCGUUUUCCAGACUACAGUGAAAGAGAGACGUUUGUUCCCUUGGAGACGCCGUAGCGGGCGUGCGCGCAGUUUCCGCCCACUCCAACCUCAGCCGGAAGUGAGCGGAGUCCAACUGAAACUAAACUACCAAAACAAACCAACAGUAUCGCUUCUCCACUUCAGCAUCCCUGCAGCUAACGGGUCAUUUCAUCAUCAUGGACGGUGUCCCGACGCCUUUGCGGUGCUUCAACGAGUGCCAUGCCUCAGAAAUGCUCGUUGAUGACGGCGUGGAGACGGUGACUUCAGUAGAGCAGAAAAAAGUGGAACGCAGCAUUAAAGAAGUCAUCAGUGUUUACAAGCAAAUACACAGUUUACCACAGCCAACGUUGUUGCGGGAACAACACUACCAAUAUCUCAAGAAGGGCUUACGUCACUUAUCAGAUGCUUAUGAGUGUCUGGAUGCUAGCAGACCGUGGCUUUGCUUCUGGAUUCUUCACAGUCUGGAGUUACUAGAGGAGCCCAUUCCUGCUGCUGUCGCCUCAGAUGUGUGUCAGUUUCUGGCACACUGUCAGAGCCCAACAGGCGGUUUCGCCGGGGGACCGGGACAACACGCCCACCUCGCACCGACCUACGCUGCCGUCAACGCUCUCUGUAUCAUUGGAACAGAAGAGGCCUAUAAUAUUGUAGACAGGGAGAAGCUGUUAGAUUUCCUAAUGUCAGUGAAGCAGCCAGAUGGCUCCUUUGUGAUGCACGUUGGAGGGGAAGUGGAUGUCAGGAGUGCAUAUUGUGCAGCUUCUGUAGCCACGCUCACAAACAUCCUCACGCCUAAACUGUUUGAGGACACGGCCAACUGGAUCCUCAGUUGUCAGAACUGGGAGGGGGGUCUGAGCGGAGUGCCGGGAUUGGAGGCCCACGGUGGCUACACUUUCUGCGGCACGGCUGCCCUCGUCAUCCUGGGCAAAGAACAUAUGCUGGACCUCAAAGCGCUGCUGCGGUGGGUGGUCAGCAGACAGAUGCGAUUCGAAGGAGGCUUCCAAGGCCGCUGUAAUAAACUGGUGGACGGCUGCUACUCUUUCUGGCAGGCUGGACUCCUGCCUCUGCUCCACAGAGCCUUAUUCAAAGAAGGAGAGUCGGAGCUGAGUCGGCAGCGGUGGAUGUUCGAGCAGCAGGCCUUGCAGGAGUACAUCCUCUUGUGCUGUCAGAACCCAACAGGGGGCCUUGUGGAUAAGCCUGGCAAAUCCAGAGACUUUUACCACACGUGUUACUGCCUGAGCGGCCUCUCCAUAGCACAGCACUUUGGAAACAUGGACCUCCAUCAUGAGAUGAUCCUGGGCAAGGAGGAGAACAGAUUGGCUCCAACUCAUCCAGUUUACAACAUCUGUCCAGAGAAGGUGGCUAAAGCUCUGCUGUUCUUCCACCGGCUGCCGGUCCCCGGUGACCGCAGACAGUCGGACCCCGCCGCCGCCUCCGCAUCAGACGACCAUCAGUCCUAGUUAGUCAUCGGUGCUGACGUCACUGUGUGUGAACCUACUCUGGGGAACGGACUCGAACCGGCAGUCCGGUCUGAUGUAGACGAGCCCCAAAUACCGGUCGGACGGUCGACCGUCGGUAGAAAUGAGCGCCGGAGUUUAGGAGGAGUUGGCCUGAAGUAAAGGUCAACAGUUGUGUGUUGUGUGGGCAGCUUAGCAUUCAGCUGAUGUCUUUGCUUGCAAUGCCUAAUGUUUUCAUUCUGAAAUAAAACACUUGCUAAGAGUUCAGUAUGACCGAAGUUAAUAAAACUUUAUAUAGCACUUUUUA